AUGCAGCUAAAGGCAGCCUUUUCAACAGACGAGCUUUUCUGUAUCAUGACAGUACUCAACCGUUUGGUCCCCUUCGCGUUCGCCUCUGUCCUUGAGAGCCUGACAUUGCUUCUACCCGAUGCUCAAGACUGUGAUGAUUUGGUCCUAGAGGAUGUCUCCGAGGCCUUAGAAAAGGAAGAGAGAGAAGAUUUGGAGGAAAAUGGAAAUGUAAGAGUAACUAACAGUACCAAUGUCGACGAGCGGCGGUCUCCUGUCGAUCCUGAUCAAUAUGAAUAUCUCUUCGUACCUCAGUACAUUUUGGGCAAGCACCACUAUGAGCAGCUGCUCGAGUGUUUCAACAGCAUUAUGAGCGGCUCGAAGCUGAAGCGCGGAGAAGAGGAACAGCAGAUGCACUCGAAGUCAGAAGAAGCCGAGGAUGAAGAGGUGGAGAAUGAGAUUGCAGCAAUGACAAUGGACAUUGUUUCAGCGUCUAUGAGUAGGGUGGGCGAUGAAUGGCCAGCGAUGGACGCAGUUAGGCAGCACCUACUCUGCGUCGCCCAGAUGCUACGAGGCAUCACACCGUGUCCCAGUGUUGCUUCCGCAGCUACUCUGACGGAGUCUACGGAAAUCACGGAGGGGCAUGAAUACCUUGAACAGGAUCCCAUCUCACCUCAGGAAUUCCUUGCGUUGAUGCAGACGCAAUUUGAAGACACUUACUGGACACCGUGGCAUUUACAACCAACUUCAAGUAUUCUCACUUUGUGCAAGGAGCUUUGCUUUCAUGUCACCCUUUUUGGCAAAGCAUUUGGAGCGCUUGCGGUGCAAACCUACCUUGGAGGACCAUUUCACACUCUUCUCAUGGAGCGCAGUGUGCAAGGCUAUUUUGAGUUCGAUCUAAAGGCUCUUCCAUCAGGCGCUUUUGCUGGUUAUUGCUGUUUGCUGGCAUCGACCAAAUUUAAAACGGAUCUUAAUACGGUGAAAAUGCUGAUAGCAAAUGCGAUAUUCCUCCACUCUCGUGACUCCUGCUCUCUCCACGGUGUACGUGCUGGAAUAAUGGCUCUCUGUCACAGCGAGGAUGCCAUGAUGAUUGCACACGAGAUCCUACUUCCGGCGCUGCGUUCUUGUGCCUCGUGCGCGGAUCCCGCGGUACGUAGAACUGCUAGUAACAUCUUCUACACCGUCAUUUCCUACCUCUCCGAUGCUGUAGACUUUGACUCGACUCCAACAGCCAAGUCCAAUGAACUUGCACCUGCUCCUCCAAAAAAGCACAAUCGUCAAUCCUCACGAAUUCCAGCAACUCCAACCCUCUUGGAGGAGUGCUGGCAACUAUUGAACCACUUGGCACGGGAUGACUAUGCUUCAAUUGGUGCCGUGACGUUCCCCGAAUCGACCUCUUCUGGGACCACGGAAGUUCCCCCAGUAGACGAGCAUUCUGCCGAUUGGUCGUGCAUCUCAGUGGCUUUGGGACCUCUCUUCUGCCUCUACAGUCGCAUGCUUAGGUCCAGUCCUUACGUCACUGACAUGGACCUCAAACAGCGACGCAAUCUUUCAGAAAACAGUAGAGUUUCUGAACAGGUGCUGGGGCUGAUAGGCCGACUGAUGUCCAUGGUCAGUGCGGAGAGCCAAUCUCCACUGGACUCCUCUGUCGUCCAGUUCCUAGCUCAGCGGCAGCACUGGGAGACCCUUGUCAGUGGUCUUUUACAAGUUGCUAACCGGCUUUUCCGCACUUGUCCCGAGGAAUUCCGCGACAAAAUAAUCCUUCCCUGGCUCUAUCGUCUUACUGAGAUCAACAAUAUGAUUCCCGAUUUGGAACAACGAACUCGGCUUGGUCAGCGUUUGGUUGCCGUCUUCUCAACCGCUGCAUUCUGUAUCCUUUUGCUUGCCUAUACCGAUGUUAUCAGCACUGCUGUUACCCAAAUGCCUUCACUUUCUUUGAGCUAUUAUUUCAAAAAAACUGGUGUUUGA